ACAAUCACAUCUCAACUACACGCAUCUCUCUGUUCAGACAUACAAAAACACAAUGUACAAAUCGCUGUCUUAAAAACACCUCUCUCUCUCUCUCUCUCUCUCUCUCUCAUAAAAACAAUAACUUGCAGACGCUCACCUCUCUCUCUCUCUCUCUCUGGAAUACCAACACACGCAUAGACAUCCUCUUUUUUCUGACCUCAAAGUCGGGGCUCCGAAGCCCCGAAAGGAACCCAAAAAUCGGAUCUUGGGCACCAUUUCACCAUUUUAUGACACUUUUUUUGGAAAAUAUUUAAAGGGUAUUCAAGAAUGUACUCUGCAAUACACUCACUGCCUUUGGAUGGACAUGGGGACUUUCAAGCUUCAUUAGAUGGAAUUAAUCUGCCUGGGGAUGCGUGCUUGGUUCUCACUACGGAUCCAAAGCCAAGGCUCCGCUGGACUGCUGAGUUACAUGAGAGAUUUGUUGAUGCUGUUACUCAACUUGGUGGACCUGACAAAGCAACACCAAAGACAAUUAUGAGAACAAUGGGGGUAAAAGGCCUCACCCUUUAUCACUUGAAAUCUCACCUACAGAAAUACCGGUUGGGAAAGCAGUCCUGCAAGGAAUCAACUGAUAACUCCAAGGAUGUUGGGAUUGCACCAUCAGUUGCAGAAAGUCAGGAUACUGGUUCAUCAACAUCCGCAUCAUCAAGAAUGAUUGCGCAGGAUCUGAAUGAUGGUUACCAGGUUACUGAGGCUUUGAGAGUGCAGAUGGAAGUCCAACGAAGAUUGCAUGAGCAGCUGGAGGUGCAACAUCAUCUCCAACUUCGCAUUGAAGCUCAGGGGAAAUACUUACAGUCAAUACUCGAGAAAGCUUGUAAAGCUCUGAAUGACCAGGCUGUUGCAACUGCAGGACUUGAAGCUGCUAGGGAAGAGCUUUCUGAAUUAGCAAUCAAGGUUUCCAAUGAAUGUGCAGGAAUUGCCCCUCUUGAUACCAUGAAAAUGCCUUCCUUAUCUGAACUUGCUGCUGCUUUAGGGAACAGAAAUGCUUCCAAUGUGCCUGCUCGCAUUGGUGAUUGCUCUGUCGAAAGCUGCUUGACCUCAACUAGUAGCCCAGUUUCUCCCAUGGGUGUGGGCUCACAAGUUGCUUCCACGAAGAAAAGAUCAAGGCCUGUGCUUGGUAAUGGAGAUUCAUUGCCCUUCGAAGGCAACAUUCGGCAAGAAGUAGAAUGGUCAAUGAGUAAUAUUUUGGAUGAAUAGCAAGGCAUUUCCAUCUUAGAAACAGAAACUUCUUUGUUUCUUUUUUUAGCUGUCUAGCUGAUCUAAAUGUCAAGUCUUAAUCAACUAUAUCAUCAGUGGCCUGUAUAUUCUCAGAUCUUUUGAGUUAGAGGAUAUCAUUUUCUUAUAA